AUGCGUUUUCUAAAGUCACUUAGCAUUUUCUCAGCGCUCAGCUUCUGGGUGAAUGGGCUGAUGGGACAAUACAUCUUUGAAAUUCCAACGCCUCUAGCUCAUUUGCAAACACUGCAGUAUGCACCACAACACCAGCAACAUCAGCAGACGCAGCAGCAAAAUCAUUUACAACGCCAAGCACGCACACCUUAUGGUUUGCCGCCGCCCGGCAUGACGCGUCCACAACGUUCUUUGUAUGGCGGCUGGGGCCCUGUAGGUCUGGGCUCAGUUGGAUUUGGGCCCAUAGGUCCGGUUGGAUCGGCUGGUACUAUUGGUAUUACGAAAGAAGAGUUGCUCGCACUUCUCGAAGCUUGGAAGGAGGUUGAAAAACCAGCACCAGAACCAGCACCUGAGCCAGAACCGGAACCAGAGCCUGAACCGGAGCCAGAACCAGAACCAGAACCAGAGCCUGAGCCAGAGCCAGAACCUGAGCCCGAGCCAGCCGAAGAACCUGCACCAGCACCUGCACCGACUGGUGCUCAGCCUCCACCACCAGGUGUACCACUUACAGUUUCCCUACCUGCAUUCGUACCCAUACAACUGUCAGCCAUGUAUACAGCUCCGGCACCACCUGCAGCACCAGCAGAAGGAGGCGGUGGCGCUGAGGGAGGUGCUAGCGCUGGUGGUGGCGGAGAAGAAGGUGGCGAAGAAGAGGGUGCUGGCGAUGGCGAGGGCGGCGGUGAAGGGGAAGGGGCCGAGCCAGAGCCAGAGCCCGAAGAAGAAGCUGCACCCGAGCCGGUGCUCGGCGGUUUGGAGCAUGGUCAUCACCACCGGUUUGUUUAUUUAACGCGUACACCUUUUAAGCGCACAAGACUGCUCACAAAAAAUGCAUCUACUCGUGCGUUCAAAAGUACAAAGACACGCACACUAGCUAAAACUGGAGCUCGCAAAGCUAAGCCCGCUGGCAAAAAAGCCAAAGCAAAAGCAAAAAGCUUGGCAAAACCCAGAACUUCUAAAUUUCCAACUAUACGCUUCCCGGUGCCGAAUGUCAGGCAAUAUGCUUCCACUAAUUUCAUCGCGCCCAAACCGAGAAACACGCGACCUCAACAUCGUGUCAGACCAAGAAGCUUUACUGCACUUCCACCACCACCAUUUCUCGCCAACGCUCCCGGACCAUUGAAAUUAGUGCCAUCUUCUGAGCUGCUAAGUAAUUGGACCUAGUCUAAGGAGAAAGCUCAAAAUAC